GGCACGUGUCCCUAGUUUUGAAUGAGCUGUCAUCUGGUGACAGGAGCAUAUACAGUGUAGAUUAUUGUUUCAAUCAAGACUGUGAAAUAGAAGACCCCACUUUACCAGAAUGACACGGAAAAUGCAUGGUAAACACGUUUGUUAUCAAAGAUAAUGUUUGGGCAAGGUGGACGAGGAAAACAGAGAACGAAAUUAGAACGACUGAUGCGCCAGGAUCACAGUGAUGUGUACUUUGACAAUGAAAAGCUCAGUGAUCAACUUAAUCUCCGUAUUGAUGACAUGCAGAAGGAGCUGCAUAAACACGAUUUACAAAGAGGAGUAGAAAUAGGCAAACUGAGACAGGAAAUUAGAGAAUUUAGGGCGUUACAAACAUCUAACGAGGAAGAAAAAGCGGCCGCACCAAGACCUCAUACAUCGGUUGGACAUUCAUCGAGGAAAAGAACAGCAAACGCCGGUACAGGACAAAGGGCUAAAUCUGCGUGGGCUCGCACUCAAACAAAAGACACUGGGAGAAGCGCUGAACAAGAGAACGAAGAAAACGCAGAAGAAAAAAGUUCUGAGCGAAGUGAUUCGCCUAAUUCUUCAGUUUCUACAUUAAGAAACACUAGGACUCUCAGGAAGUAUAGAAAUAUCGGCUCAAGUAGUUUUAAAGAAAACAACCGAUUUCCGGAGGAGUGGUACGUCAAAUGCUUGCCCGCGUCUGACGCUGCAAUUCAUAACGCGCGGAAAAAGGUCAAUGGAAAGUUAGUGGCGCCUAAUUUUGGCUUUCUGGGUAAACUCAGAGAAAAAGAGGAAAUGGAGAAAAAACUAGAAGCAUAUUCAAAAAUAAAGACGAAACUGCCAGACACCAAAAACGGCGACAGUAAUAGUGACGUGGGUGCGACAGAUGGAAUGAAUUUAAUAUGUGAAGAACCUGUUAAACCUGUUUUAAUGUCAAGGAGGAGGCUGAUGGAAAUUUCAAACGUUGAAAAUCUGGUCGACAGGGGACCAAGUAGAAACACUGUAAGAAAACAAAACAUAAAAGAUCUGAAUGCACUAGAUAACAAAAGAAUUGACGAUAAAGUGAAAGAAUUUUGCCGGGAAAUAGAAGAAUUAAAAGCUAGAGAACUGAAAGCAAUGAAAGAACGUGAAGAGGCUAGGAGACAAGAGGAGUUAGAAAGAAUACAAAUAAAAGCUGUAGAGGAAGCACAGUUGAAAAAGUCGGAAGCUGAAAGGACGAAAAAUGAAGACGAUGACGAUGAUAAUAGGUUUAGAAAUAGAUGGAAGUAAAAUAAAUAAUUUUGUUAAAAGAUAUAUGAAUUAUAUUUUAGUGAAAACGGUCGUACACUUAUGGGAAUGCAUACAAAACCGGUGAAACAGCUACGAGUAAACUGACAGAACAAACCGACAUGCAGCAGUAAGGACAUUGAACAGUAUAUAAUGGUUGUAACACAUCUUAACCUGCUAGCUUCAAGUUUUGUUCUGGAUUUUUUUCUCCAUGCAUGCAAGAUACUGUGGUGAAAAAACAACAACAACAAUUAAUCAAUAAAAACUUUGGUGUUACAGUUGUAACGACGUUAGAGUAACGGCAGUAAUAAUGUUAGUUUUUUUUUUCGCCAAGGUUAAGAAGAAUUUUCAUUUUUAGGAAGAUAAAUAUCACUAUAAUCAGGUUAUGAUAUAUAUACAAAUCAAUUUAAAUGUUAGAUCGAAUUAAGUUAGAAGCUAUAUCAAGUUAUCAUGAAUACUGCCUUCAUUUUAUUGUUUGAAAUGCCACUAAUUAAUGUAUAUUGAAGUGUGUGCUCCAUUGUCUGCUGCUUUUAUGUCUUGGAAACAGUUGCAAAACAGGUCCUUGAAAGUGGGACAGAAAAAGAUAGGAAGUGAAAUUGGUAAUAAAGCUGCUGAUAAAGAAAUAAAUACAUGUAUACCAAAAAAGUAAUCCUCAGAAACAUACAAAAGGAAUAAAUAACUUUUUAUUUGGAUUUGAAAAA